CUCACUCUUCAUAUCUCUCUUCUCCACCAAUAUUCCUUUAUCUUUAAUUUAGUAUUUGAAUUUUAGUUCUAAUUCUAUUUAAAAAUGAGCUCAAAUCCUGAUUAUGUUCGUGUUGUGUUAUAUUACAAUGGUAGGAAGGUAGAAGGUCGACGAGGUGUCAUAUUCGAAGGUGAAAAAAGGCCGACACGUAUCCAAUGCAACACAACCAUUGGCGAACUGCAUCAGAGAAUUCGGCAGAAGUUAAGUCUUCAAGACAACCAAUGUAUCACUGAGAUCACGACAACGGUGUGGCAAGGUGAUAAAUACAUUAGUUUGAAAGUGCUUGACGAUGAAGACUUGGAGAUGACAAUGGAAGAAUUUUGCAACCAGUCAAGGACAGAUUUUCUAGAGUUGUAUGUCGACAUCGUCGCAACGGAGAAUGCUCCCAUACCGGUGAGGUCAGUUUAUUUAAAUUCUCCCCGUCUUCCAGCUUCUCCUGCCGCUCAUGCGUCUCCAGUUGGUAACUUUUCUGAGGGAGAUGAAAAUGAUCCGACUUGAGAAAUGCACGACGAAGAUGACAAUGACGACGAUGAAAAUAUGGCAAUGGAAGAACAUCUUCUGGCGGAGGAUGCUAGUGCUUCAGAAGGAGAUGAAUCUCGUGAGAUGGGUGCGUCUGAAAUCCCAAUAUUCCAUCAACCAGUCGUCGCGCAAAUGCCGCAGUUGAAUGACGUUGCGUCUGCUCCGUUUGGUAUUCCACAAGAAGGUGACACAGAUUUAUUCCUUUUUGGGAAGGAAUUCCGCAUUAUUGUUACAUUGAUUGGAGUUAUCAGAGCGAACAAGAAUCAUGUACUGAUGGUUCGGUGUCUGGAUCGGCUUCAAUACAAGGUCCGUGGCAAUUGGGUGACACGUUAUUUGUCGAUCAAGAAUUUGCGACAAAAAAAGAUGUCCAAAUGGCACUUAAGCACAACCUUAUUAGGGAGCAUCAAGAAGCCAUUGUAAUUGAGAGCACGCCUGCAAAGUUGUCCAUGAAAUGUUGUGCGUACGAUCAAGGUUGUCUGUGGCGCGUAAGGGCGACCAAACCGGUGUUUCGUGAAAAUUGGAAAAUAACGAGAUGGGGUGGAAAACACGAAUGUGUGAAUGAGCACAUUUCCCAGGGUCAUGCUCGAUGUGGACGUUAUUGCAGAUCUCGUGAUAGGGAUGAUAAAGUCUGAACCAUCUGUGUCAAUCUCUUUGGUGCAAGAAAGGAUAACUGCUAAAUAUGGCUUUCAAGUUUCCUACAGAAAGGCGUGGUAUGCGAAGCAGAAAGCGAUGGCAAUUCUGUACGGUGAUUGGGAGGAAUCGUAUGCUUUUUUACCAAGGUGGUGCAAAUACAUGCUUCGCUUUUCUCCAGGUUCAUUUUAUCAUAUACAAACUAAUGAUCUUUAUGCCGAGGAGAGCUUAGUUUCUGGAAAAAGGGUUUUUCAUCGCAUUUUUUGGACGUUUAGACAGUGUUGUGAGGCGUUCAAAUUUGCCAAACCCGUCAUACAAAUUGAUGGAACACAUUUAUAUGGAAAGUACAAAGGGAAAUUGUUGGUGGCCACAGCCCAAGAUGGUAAUAAUGAAUGUUUACCGAUCGCAUUUGCCAUCGUAGAAGGCGAAACCUUGGAAGCAUGGGAUUAUUUUCUCGUUAAUAUUCGUGUUCAUGUGACUACGAUGUCAAACAUAUGUUUGAUAUCCGAUCGACAUCGAAGCAUAAUAUCUGCUGUGGAAAAUAACCCUACUUGGCAGCCGCCAAAUGCGUAUCACGUAUUCUGUAAUCGUCAUAUUGCAAGCAACUUCAAUCAAAAGUUUUGAAAUGAAGAUUUGAAGCGGAUGUUAAAGAAUUUAGGUUAUACUCCAGCAAUGGUUGAUUUUGAAAGGAAUCUUGCGAGUUUCCGUGAAAGUAGUCCUCAAAUUGUUGAGUGGAUUGAUGCGAUUCCUAAGGAAAAGUGGUCGCGUGCCUACGAUAUUGAAGGACGGAGGUACGGUCAUAUGACAACAAAUUUGGCUGAAUCUGUCAAUAGGGUUUUGAAGGGGGCCAGAAAUAUGCCUAUAACAGCAUUGGUUAAGCAUAUAUAUAGUAGAUUGGUUGCAUAUUUUGUUGAGAAAGGAACAAAUGCUCUUGCACAACUUCAAUCAGCUCAUCAUCACUCCAAACAUGUUGUUGAAUUGGUCAAGAAGAACCAGGUAGAUGCAACAGGCCACCACGUUCGUGCAUACAAUGUUGAACAUACUGUAUUCGAGGUUGACGCAGGUUGGGAGCGUUCAUAUUCUGUCAACCUCCCACAGAGAUACUGUCAGUGUGGAAAGUUUAAGGCCUUUAAGUAUCUGUGUAGUCACGUCGUUGCUGCUGCGUUAAGUGUUAGGCAGAGUGUGUUCACUUACGUUGACGACGUCUUCUUGAUAACUAACUUGGUCGAGGCUUAUUCUUUUCCGUGGGAGCCAAUCGGAAACGAGGAAGCAAUACCUGAAAUUAGUGGUGCAAAGAUUAUUCCUGAUUCUACUAUGUUGCGUGCAAAAGGUCGUCCAAAGUCAACUCGCAUCCGCAACGAGAUGGAUGAAGUUGAGACAAGCCAGAGCCGUAUCAGGUGUGGACUUUGCAAGGAACGCGGCCAUAAUCGUCGGCGAUGUCCAAGUCGUGGGAGAAACGACUGAUUUGCAUAUUAUGUCAUUAUUUUGUUGUUGGUUAUGUUAUUGCAUGAAUUGUAAUGUUCGUUAUGUUGGACUUUUUACUUUC